AUGGCACAAGCCGCGCUCGAUCACGGCUCACAACCCCACCUCACGAGCCUCCCCACCCUCCGCACAAUCUACACCGCUGCACGACCGACGCCGAUAGGGAGUGAAGAUGAGGUUCCUACAGCACAAGGCAUCGAAUGGCAGGUCGGUGAUCAAUGGCGGAACCAUGUCGAGCAGCGACCAUGGUGGAAGGCGGCCGGGGCAAAUCGGACGCCGGAGCUGGGCUCGACUGGAAAGGGCAUCCUGAUAGGAAUGCUGUCCGCUUUUGGUUCGGCGGCGCUGGUGGGAUUAAUCGUCGCCAUUGUCUACUUCUUCCGAUCGGACCGAGGACGGAUACUAUUAGAUCGGAUUAGCCGGCCUGGAGAGUUUGACGAUGAACAGCAGUUCUUGCGGGAAGAGGAGGAGGCGCUGGCCGAGAUGGAUGAUUUGCAGCGGGCGGAAUAUCACCGAGCGAAGGCAUUCGUCCAAGUCAACCCCCCCGAAUCCGCCCAAACCGACAUCUCCCUCUCCCAAUUCCUCGCCAUCCAAGAAAAAGGCGUCUCGGCCUGGGAAUUCGAGCCCGAACUGGAAAUAGCAAACUGCUUCGUGGAAGCGCGCACGGAAAUCGAAUUCUUCGACUCCGAAUGCUCCGUCCAAUCCAACCUGCCCAUGCCCAAACAAAACGAAGUCUACUACUGGGAAGCGAAACUCUACGACAAGCCGGACACGACCCUCAUCAAUAUCGGCCUGACCACGAAACCCUACCCACUCUUCCGCAUGCCGGGCUUACAUAAAACCAGCAUCGCCUAUUCAUCUACGGGUGUGAGACGUUACAACCAACCCUUCACGCCCACCCCAACCUACGGCCCCCCUUUCGUCCAAGGCGACGUAAUCGGAAUCGGCUACCGUCCUCGCACGGGAACCGUCUUCUCCACCCGCAACGGCAAAAAACUCGACGAUAUCGCGCACGGUCUCAAGACGCAAAAUUUCUUCCCUACCGUCGGCGCCAAUGGGCCUUGUCGCGUGCACGUCAAUUUCGGCCAGAUGGGUUUUGUCUUCAUCGAGGCGAAUGUGAAGAAGUGGGGACUGGCGCCUAUGACGGGGAGCUUGGCCCCGCCGCCGCCGUAUGGGAGUGAGGCCGGGUCGAUUUUGUUGGAGGGCGGGAGGGAGGGGGUGAGGGAGGGUAUGGGAUUUUUCGGUGGUGGUGCGCAGGGGGGCCAUGGGCAUGGGAGGACGAAUUCGGCGCAGGUGAGGUUGCAGGGCAGGCCGACGAGGAGUCCCGGCCCCGUGAGGAGUCCGACGGAUAUUUCGCUUGCGCAGCUGAAUCUGAUGGAUUCGCGAUUUGAGGAGGUGGAGGAGGAGGAGGAGGAGGAGGGGGAUGGGGCGGGGGAGGGGGGGAGUGGUGGGGUGGUGCCUAAUUCGGAUGAGACGCCGCCUCCGUCUCACGAUCAGGAUCAGCAGCAGGGUCAAAGCCAAGGCCAACUUAUCGACGCGGGAUUACCGUUCGAACCGCACGAUCAUCCACCGCCUGAGUACGAGUCACCUGAGGGCUCCAUCAACCACGAUCACGCGCAUCGGGGGGGCAAUGGUGAUGAUGAUGAUGAUGAUGAUGAGGAGCAAGGAGAUGCGGACGACGAUGACACGCCGAGGGCUUCCGAGCAAGAAGAUCAAGGUCGAGGGGAUCGACAGCCCUUGAUCCCGCCACGGCGAGGAGGAGGAGGAGGAGGAGGAGGGAGUAGGGGUCCGGAUAGUCCCCCUAUUCCUACCUAUGAGGCUGCUACUUCUGCUACUUCUGCUGCCGAAGCUGCGAGGGGCAGGAGGGUGGCGAGGCAGGACUGA